CAACAGUGACAUGCUCUCAGUAACUUUAUAAGAAACUUGAGAGCACAUAGUGUUACACAUAGGUUAGGUUGACUGAAGCAAUAAUUAUGUGGCUGUGACGAUAUGUUUAACAAAAUAUCAAUAUUGAACAUGUGCAAUUAUUAGGAAUAUUUUAUCGUUGUUGAAAUAUAAUUCUCAAUAAAUAUUAGAAUACAUUUUUAAAACUUUAAUUAUUCGAGUUUGAAUUGCAAGAUGUUUAUACAUUCCACAUUGAUUUUAUUUGUUACAAGUACUGUGUUGCUUUUUUUAUAUCUGAAUCGUAUUCAGCCACAUUAUUUCAUUGACGAGGCUUUCCAUAUUCCUCAAACGUUACGAUAUUGUGCGUGGAAUUUUACAGAGUGGGAUCCUAAAAUUACUACAUUGCCAGGAUUAUAUCUUAUUACUACUGCGAUAUUGUCACCAUUUAAUCUCUGUAAUAUUAUCUACAUACGAUGUGUAAAUUUAAUCGGGACAUGUAUAAAUCUCUACCUUAUUUAUAAUAUCAUAAAAGAAAAUUGUAAAUCUAACAAGAUGGAUCGGUGGAGUAAUUGGUUGAUACUUGUAUCAGCAUAUAAUAUUACUCUCUUUCCGCCACUAUAUUUCUGGUGUUUCUUUUAUUAUACGGAUGUAGCAUCUGUGAAUACAGUGCUUUUAAUGUUACUUCUGCACCAACGUAAACACAUGAAGAUGAGUGCGUUUGCAGGUUUAAUAGCUGUGGUUAUUCGUCAAACAAAUAUUAUUUGGCUCAGCUUCCUUGCUGUAGAACAUGUAUUGGACUUAUUUGAUUACAAAAUGGAACAGCCAGUGCCACCUCGAUCACUUAAUACCCCAAUGCAUUUUCACCUAAUCUGGAAACGGAUGAUAUAUGAAUUUCGCAAAGGCCUACUGUCCUUUAUCAAGUUCCUCCUACAAAUAUGCGGCAGUCUGCUUCCUUACAUAACAAUAUGCCUGAUGUUUAUCGCCUUUGUCGUGUGGAAUAAAGGCAUAGUGAUCGGCGACCGUUCCGCUCACGUUGCGACCAUUCACGUCUGCCAGAUAUUUUACUUUUCCGCUUUUGUCUCGCUGUUCUCGUGGCCAUACGCGGUAUUGCAUUGGAGAACAAGCUUGCGAUUUCUACGCCAGCAUUGGAUCCUCAUGAGCUCUGUAGUCGCGUUAAUAACUGUGGUAAUCCGCUUCAAUACGCUCGUUCAUCCGUACGUUUUGGCCGAUAAUCGGCACUACUGGUUCUACGUGUGGAAUCGAUUAAUAGGACGUUACACGGCGUGCCGGUACUUGCUGGUGCCAGUUUACUGCGCGAGUCUGUUCGCCAUGUCGCGAAAUAUCAGUCACCUGAGAUUUCUCACGCAGAUCAACUACAUGAUCUGCGUGUGCAUGGUUCUGAUACCUCAGUUACUGGUAGAACCACGUUAUUUUAUUCUACCGUACAUCUUUUACCGCUUGAACAUCGAGAGGCCACGCAAAUGGCAGAUCUGUCUGGAAUCGCUCACGACAUUGGCGGUCAAUCUCGCGCAAUUUUUUAUUUUCGCCAACAAAGUAUUUUACUGGGAGGAUCAACCCUAUGCCCAGCGCAUUUCUUGGUGAUUUCUGACGCGGAGGAAAAAUGUACACAAUAAAAGAAACUUCUUUUAAUUACAAGCAUUUAUCCCUAAUCUUACUUAUCUUUCAAUACAUUAACAUAUCUACGGAAAGAGGAGCAUUAAAAUGGUUGCGAUUGUCUUUUUUUUCGACGCACAAUAA